AUGACAGGAGUCCUGCUCAGCCAGUUCCCCGACGAGAUCCUGCACAGCAUCCUCUCGUACGCUCCCCCGUCCGCCGCCAUCGCCCUCGAGCAGACCUCCAAGCGGUUCUCACACAUCACCAACGCUCCCCUUCUCUGGGCCGGCCACUGCAAGGCCUCGUUCCGCUUCUGGGACAAGCGUCAUGACAUCGCCGGCAAGUUUGCCAGUCCCGCAAAGAGCGUGGACUGGAAGGAGAUGUACAAGCUGCGGCAUCUGGUCGACCGUUCGACGACGGAGCUUCUGAACAGCAUCUUGUCCAGCCAGACGGGGAGGAUUGAGAAGAUCCAUCGAAUCGUCAGCUUCGGGUAUGACGCGAAGGAUACGCUGAUUCGGCAUGCGGAUGCUGAACAGGACCUUGACGACUAUCUGGCGAGACGGUACUACAGCAAUGCCAUCCUCGGGUGCCUACAUCGCACUCUGGCGAUUCCCACGUGGAAUAAGUUGAGAAACGGCGAAGAUGUGUCCCUCGAGUAUGCUCUGGGUGCUUUCGAUAUGUUCAUCCUAGACUCUGGGACCGGAGACUUUGACGACAUCUCCCGAAGCCUGAACAAUAUAGUAGGACGGAUGAAGCGCCAGUACCCAAAUAUCUCCGAAUAUACUCCUCGCGAACGUGCCGUGAUGACGGCCGAAUUCCUACGAGCAAACAACCUCACCGGUAUCGAGUCGGGCAGAGAAUUCUAUAACAUCGAACACAACUUCCUAGGCGCCGCACUCACCAGCGAACGACACAACUCUCUCCCUCUGAUAUCAGCUGCCAUAUACUGCUACGUUGCACAGCGACUCGGCCUCGACGCCCAUCCAUGCGGCUUCCCUUUCCACGUCCACGUCAUAAUCCGCCCCGAGCCCAACCAUGACCUUGCCGGCAACCGUCUUCCAGACGGCGAAGAAGGUGACUUCAUGUACAUGGAUCCCUUCCGCUCUACCAGCGAGACUCCGGUCUCAGAGCUGCAGAGUCAGCUCAACUUCCUCGGAGCCCUCACCCUCUCCCAAUCCACUUUCCUUCGGGAAUCCUUCACGGCCGAGAUAGUCCUCCGAUGCGGCAAGAACAUUUUAAACUCCGUCCUCCAAACGCCGCACUCUCGCCAGUCAUCACUUGACAUCGUGAAUGUCAAAUAUGCCGCCCUAUGGGCGUCCAUGCUCUUUGCAAAAUACGCAAAUCCUGACGGCCGACACCCGGCCCAGGGCCCCGAACGCCGAAGAGCCGAACAUCUCCCUCUCCGCCGCCAUCUGCCUUCGUUGAUGGAACACUUCGCGACCGACUUCCCGUCUGACGUGUAUCUCAUCGAACAGUACCUGAUCCCGCUGUUCCACGGUCUGCCUGAAUAUGAGCAUCUGCGCGAGAGCGUAAGUGUGAUGAAGGCUAGUGAUGAAAUACCGAAACAAGUCCGACGACGAGAUGCAGAACACGACAACGUGAAGUUCAAGGUCGGUCAACUCUUCCGGCACAAACGGUAUGACUAUAUCGGGCUGGUGACAGGCUGGGACCCGGAAUGCGGUGCUGGCGAGCAAUGGAUGGAGAGGAUGGGAGUUGAUCGUCUGAACGCCGGACGCCAUCAAUCUUUCUACCACGUCCUGGUCGAAGAUAAAAGCGUCCGCUACGUUGCAGAAGAAAACAUCGAGGUCUGCGAACUCGAAGCCUCCGAGAUCCCAGACGCAUUUUUCCAUUUCGCUGGCAAAUACUUCAAGCGAUUUGAUAUCACAACACGUCGCUUCGUGAGCAACAUCAACGACGAAUAUCCUGACGACUAG